AUGAUUGUUUGCAGUAGUUGGAAGACUUCUCUGACGACCACACUAUAUGAACAUACAUCACGCUUGUUUCUUCAUUCUUUUAUAAAAUUUACAUUUUACUUUCUGUCACCAGAAUUACUCCAUGUCGAUACAUCAUCUGAAGUUCUAAGUGAUCAUUUUGACUGGAAAAGGCAUAUUGCUGAUGAUGCUUUCGGACCAUCCAAUGAUCAUACUUUAGGAUCACCACAAGGUUUUUAUCUUCUCUUGGACACAAGAAACAUUAAACUUGGUGAAAAAGCAAUCUACAUGUCUGAGCGUAUUCGUAGCUAUGAAGUCUGCCUCAAGCUGUGGUAUAAUAUGCCAAGUUAUUCAGACGGGACUAAGCUACAGAUAUAUAGCAGUAGUGACUUUAAAACUGCUUUACAGCACUUAGAAAUUACGAACUCGACUAAUGAGGAAUGGUAUCAGAUCACCACUACUGUGACACCAAUUGCGCUAGAAGAUGCACCAUUCAAUGAUUUUUGGAUAUACCUGUUUGGCGUUGCAGGUAAUAACCACCAAGGUUACUUAGCUGUUGAUGAUAUAUCAAUAAAUGAUGGAACUUGUGAAAAUAAAACCGAUUCUUUUGAUUGUAAUAAUGGCGAAUAUGUACCAGUUGAGAAUGUUUGUAACUUCAGAAAAGACUGCACAAACGGAUAUGAUGAAGAAAACUGCACUGAGUGUGAUUUUGAGAAGCAUUCUUGUGGGUGGAACAGUCAAAACAAUUAUGAGUAUUUCAGAUGGUCACGAUUACAAGCGGGAAGAGAAAAUUUAAAUUUCGAUCAUACUAUUGAGGAUUCAUCAGGACACUUUGUAAUUGCCUCUGCUCCGAGCUCGUGGUCAUCGUAUAAUUUCAACGCUACACUUAAAAGUUCAACACUGAGAGACUCAUUUUCUACUUGCUCUAUUCAAUUUUGGUACAAUCUGUAUGGAAAAAUGAAACUACGAGUUACUUUAGAACGAAAUAAUAAAACUAUUGAUUUAUGGAUGCCAGUUAAGAGGAGUGAUCUAACUUGGACAAAAGCCGAGAUAUUUCUAGGGAGAAUUCCAAAAGAAUUUCAAAUAAAUUUCGUAGCGGUAAGAGAACCUGGAGAUGAGUGCCAUGCUGCUGUGGACGACAUAGCUGCGAAAGAUUGUGAUACUCCAACUGUAGGAGAACCUGGAAUGUGUAGAGAAAACAACUUUGACUGCAAAAAUUCUCGCUGCAUACCUAGAGACAACGUAUGCGAUUACACUGAUGACUGUGGUAAUUUUGAAGACGAAAAACGAGAAGUAUGCUUAACAGCCUUGUCCAGAUGUAAUUUCGACCAGUCUUUCUGCAAUUGGGUUAAGGAUUCUUCAACUGAAAAUGAGUGGCAAUUAAGAGGACCUUUUCCUUCUCUUGAGCAAGGACCUACUCGGGAUCACACAUCUGGAUUCACAAAUGGCAGAUUUCUGUUCUUGGCUAGUAGAAUGAAAGCAAUACCUGCACGUUUACUAGGCCCAAUUCUUCAACCAGCUGAAAAUUGCAAAGUAAAAUGCUUUAUUUUUGCGCAAUAUUUUUCCCAAUAA